GAGCCAGGCUGUUGCUGAGCACCCAGGAUCGAGAAGAGGCAGAGGAAAGGGAAGCAGAGAGAAGCAGCCAAGAGUUGGAGCCAGACCAGGAGGAGCCCGAGUGGAGUUGAAGUUCCUUUUGCAGAGGCGGCAGCAAGUAAAGCAGUUGAAACGAUGCUGGCUGUCUUGGGACUGCUCACCUCCUUCCUUUUUUUCCUGUAUGUGACAGCUCCAUCCAUCAGGAAGUUCUUUGCUGGUGGGGUUUGUAGGACAAACAUGCAGCUUCCCGGGAAGGUGGUGGUGAUCACGGGUGCCAACACGGGCAUUGGCAAGGAGACAGCCAGAGAGCUCGCUCGCAGAGGAGCCCGAGUAUACAUUGCCUGCCGAGAUGUACUGAAGGGGGAGUCUGCUGCCAGUGAAAUCCGAGCUGAUACAAAGAACUCCCAGGUGCUGGUGCGGAAACUGGACCUCUCUGAUACCAAAUCCAUCCGAGCCUUUGCUGAGGGCUUUCUGACAGAGGAAAAGCAGCUCCAUAUUCUGAUCAACAAUGCUGGAGUGAUGUUGUGUCCAUAUUCCAAGACAGCGGAUGGCUUUGAGACCCACCUGGGAGUCAACCACCUGGGCCACUUCCUUCUCACGCACUUGCUCUUGGAGCAGCUGAAGGCAUCUGCUCCCGCACGGGUGGUGAACCUGUCAUCCGUGGUCCACCAUGCUGGCAAGAUUCGCUUCCACGACCUCCAGGGUGAGAAGCACUACAACCGGGGUUUUGCUUAUUGCCACAGCAAGCUGGCCAACGUGCUCUUUACUCGGGAACUGGCCAAGAGGCUCCAAGGCACGGGGGUCACCACGUACGCAGUGCACCCAGGCAUCGUCCAGUCUGAGCUGGUCCGGCAUUCCUUCCUGCUGUGCCUGCUCUGGCGGCUCUUCUCCCGCUUCCUCAAAACAGCGCGGGAGGGGGCCCAGACCAGCCUGCACUGCGCCCUGGCCGAGGGCCUGGAGCCCCUGAGCGGCAAGUACUUCAGUGACUGCAAGAGGGCCUGGGUGUCGCCAAGGGCCCGGAAUAACAAAACGGCCGAGCGCUUGUGGAACGUCAGCUGCGAGCUCCUGGGAAUCCAGUGGGAGUAGAGCUGCUGGAAGAUGCGCGGCUGUAUCAAGCCUGGUCCAGGCCAUAACGCAGACCGGGGAGAUGGCCCACCCCGAAGGACUGACCUGGCUGGCUGCUGUCCCAAACACUUCCCUGCUUUGAUUCUCCUGAUCCUUGGAAAACCUCCCCACACCUAACCCUCUUACCAGGCUGAUUCUCGGCAUAAGAGGUUCAUACCUGGAGAGCAUCGUCCUUGAAGACUUGCAGAGUCGGCCACCUUCUCGGGGCAGGAGGACUGGGCAGAUGCCAGGCUGGGCACAGGGAUGGCAGAGGAACCUGGGAAAUUGAGUCAAUUUCCUCACCAAUACCAGAAACCCCAGCCAGCACCCUCGGGAGGUGUCAGUGUUACAUAUUUUCAGGGACAUAGACUCAAACACCUGACCGAUCUCUUUCCUCUUUGAAAUAUUAGUCUGCAGUCUGGACUAUGUGGACUUAAAAAAUGCACAACCCGAGAGUUAAGUUUUAUGGGGGCAAAAUUAGGACAUAAGCCCAAGAGACAGCAUCUCAGGUAGCCCUGAGAAACCACUCUGGGGUGAGGGGGAAGCUAGGAUAUGUGAGUUUUUGCAACAAAGGGAAGAUAGUAGAAACAGAAGAUUUAUAGAUAACCAGAUUUACAGAAGAUUUAUACAAAACCAGUUUCUCUGGGAAGAUGUAAAAGUCUGGGCUUCCCAGAGUUCCCUUUAUGGCUCAGCAGUUAAGGAACCCAACUAGGAUCCAUGAGGAUGUGGGUUUGAUCCCUGGCUCUGCUCAGUGGGUUAAGGAUUCGGCAUUGCCGUGAGCUGUGGUGUAGGUCACAGAUGCAGCUUGCUUGGAUCCCGCUUGGCAACGGCUGUGGUGUAGGCGGGCAGGUGCAGCUCUGAUUCAACCCCUAGCCUGGUUCCACCCUAAAAAGCAAAAAAAAAAAAAAAAAAA